CACCACUUCCUUUUGCCCUUUCACUUCCAUCUUCCUUUUCUUCUUCUUCUUCUUCUCUUCUUCUUGUUCUUGGAAACCCACAGAAAGAAAAAGAAUUCAAAAACAUCCAAAACAAAACCCAGAGAAUAAACAACAGAUAAGCAAUGAGACUACUGCUUGUUCUAUUUCUCCUUCUCCAUUUCUAUCUCCAAAUCUUUACUUCAUUAGGCCGUGUUAUCUCCGAAUACCAAGCUCUUCUUUCUUUGAAAUCCGCCAUUGAUGACCCACAAGGAGCUCUUGCUUCAUGGAACUCUACAAACAAAAAUAAUCUCUGCAAUUGGUCCUUUGUCACUUGUGACUACAAUAACCGUCACAUAACCUCUCUUGACCUCUCGAGUCUCAAUCUCUCUGGUACUUUAUCACCAGACAUUGCCCAUCUUCGUUACCUUCAAAACCUAACCCUAGCCGCUAACCAAAUAUCUGGUCCAAUCCCUAUCCAGCUCUCUGCUAUUUCCGGUCUCCGGUGCUUAAAUCUUUCCAACAAUGUCUUUAAUGGGUCUUUUCCAACCCAGCUUUCUCAGCUUAAAAACCUUCAAGUUCUUGACUUGUACAACAACAAUAUGACCGGUGACUUGCCGUUAGCCGUCACCGAAAUGCCUAAUCUCCGGCAUUUGCAUCUGGGUGGUAACUUUUUUAGCGGAGCAAUUCCACGAGAGUACGGUAAAUGGGAGUUUCUUGAAUAUUUGGCAGUCUCUGGUAAUGAAUUAGAAGGUCCUAUUCCACCGGAGAUCGGUAACUUAACCAAGUUACAGCAGCUAUAUAUUGGAUAUUAUAAUACUUAUGAAGGCGGUUUACCGCCAGAGAUCGGUAAUUUAUCCGACUUGGUCCGUUUUGAUGCUGCCAAUUGUAUGUUGUCUGGGGAGAUACCUAAGGAGAUUGGAAAGUUACAAAAGCUCGACACUUUGUUUCUUCAAGUUAAUGGUCUUUCUGGGUCAUUAAUAGAGGAGCUUGGUAACUUGAAGAGCUUGAAGUCUAUGGAUUUGUCUAAUAAUAUGCUUUCUGGAGAGAUACCAACUUCAUUUGCUCAGUUAAGCAACUUAACUUUGUUGAAUCUUUUUAGAAACAAGCUUCAUGGAGCAAUUCCUGAGUUUAUUGGAGAUUUGCCACAGCUUGAGGUGUUACAGUUAUGGGAGAAUAAUUUCACUGGGAGCAUUCCGCAAGGGUUGGGUAAAAAUGGAAAUCUUGUUCUCGUAGAUCUUUCUUCAAAUAAAUUAACUGGGAAUCUUCCACCUGAUAUGUGUUCUGGUGAUCGUUUACAAACUUUGAUUACUCUUAGUAAUUUCUUGUUUGGUCCUAUUCCUGAAUCACUUGGAAAAUGCCAGUCCUUGAGUAGGAUUAGGAUGGGGGAGAAUUUUCUUAAUGGUUCGCUUCCAAAAGGGCUUUUUGGAUUACCAAAGUUAACUCAAGUUGAGUUGCAAGAUAAUCUUCUUACAGGAGAGUUUCCUGUGACUGAUGAUAAAAUAGCUGUCAAUCUUGGUCAGAUUAGUCUUUCCAACAAUCAUCUUACUGGUUCUUUGCCUUCCAGUAUUGGCAAGUUUUCUGGUGUUCAAAAGUUGCUCCUAGAUGGGAAUAAGUUCUCUGGUCCAAUCCCACCUGAGAUUGGAAAGUUACAGCAACUUUCUAAGGUGGAUUUUAGCCAUAACAAGUUUUCUGGUCCUAUUGCUCCUGAAAUUAGCCAAUGUAAGUUGCUAACAUUUGUUGAUCUCAGUCGAAAUGAGCUUUCAGGUGCGAUUCCAACUGAGAUAACAGGUAUGAGGAUAUUGAACUAUCUGAAUUUGUCAAGAAAUCAUCUUGUUGGCAGCAUUCCUGCAUCUAUAGCCACUAUGCAGAGUUUAACCUCUGUUGAUUUUUCUUACAACAAUCUUACUGGUUUAGUUCCUGGUACUGGCCAGUUUAGUUACUUUAAUUACACUUCAUUUUUGGGUAAUACUGAUCUUUGUGGUCCUUACCUGGGUCCUUGCAAAGAUGGGGAUGCCAAUGGAACCCACCAAGCACAUGUUAAGGGGCCGCUCUCUGCUUCUUUGAAGCUCUUGCUUGUUAUUGGCUUGCUUGUUUGCUCGAUUGCAUUUGCAGUUGCAGCAAUUAUUAAAGCAAGGUCUUUAAAGAAGGUUAAUGAGUCUCGGGCUUGGAGAUUGACUGCAUUCCAGCGCUUGGACUUCACUGUUGAUGAUGUGUUGGAUUGCUUGAAAGAGGAUAAUAUUAUUGGGAAGGGAGGUGCAGGGAUUGUUUAUAAGGGUUCUAUGCCAAAUGGUGAUCAAGUUGCUGUGAAAAGGUUACCCGCAAUGAGCCGUGGUUCUUCUCAUGAUCAUGGAUUUAAUGCUGAGAUACAAACUCUAGGAAGGAUUAGGCAUCGACACAUUGUUAGAUUGUUGGGAUUCUGUUCUAAUCAUGAGACAAAUCUUCUGGUCUAUGAGUACAUGCCUAAUGGGAGCUUAGGAGAAGUUCUUCACGGCAAAAAAGGAGGCCAUUUGCAUUGGGAUACAAGGUAUAAGAUUGCUAUCGAGGCUGCAAAGGGCCUUUGCUAUCUUCACCAUGAUUGCUCUCCGUUGAUUGUUCACCGUGAUGUGAAAUCAAACAAUAUCCUUCUUGACUCCAAUUUUGAAGCUCAUGUUGCUGAUUUUGGCCUUGCUAAGUUCUUGCAAGACUCGGGCACUUCAGAAUGCAUGUCCGCCAUUGCUGGUUCCUAUGGAUAUAUAGCUCCUGAAUAUGCCUACACGCUCAAGGUUGAUGAGAAGAGCGACGUAUACAGCUUUGGCGUAGUCCUUUUAGAACUUGUAACAGGCAGAAAACCAGUAGGAGAAUUUGGUGAUGGCGUGGACAUAGUUCAAUGGGUUCGGAAAAUGACAGACUCAAACAAGGAAGGAGUUCUCAAAGUCCUGGACCCAAGACUUCCAUCAGUUCCUCUUCAUGAGGUGAUGCAUGUGUUCUAUGUUGCAAUGCUGUGUGUAGAAGAACAAGCCAUAGAGCGCCCAACAAUGCGAGAAGUGGUGCAGAUUCUAACAGAGCUUCCUAAACCACCAAACUCAAAGCAAGGAGACUCGACGGUUACAGAAUCAUCACCACAAUCAGCUACAUCUUUAGACUCUCCAAAGGCAACAUCUAAAGACCCAAAAGACAAUCAACAGCCAGCACUGCCUCAAUCACCGCCACCUGAUCUUCUUAGCAUUUGAAGUGUUUUGAAAGAAAAGGGGACUGUUUGUUCUCUAAAUUCUAUGAAUUGUGUUAGUUUCCACUUGUGCUAUUUUCAGUUUCUUUUCCUCUUUUUUUUUUUCUUUUAAAUAUUUUGGGAAGGUUUGCUCUAACUUGGUAUUAAGGAUUGCAAGUUUUUUUUUUCUUCUUUUUCUGUACAGUAGGAAGGAAAUUAAGGAAAAGGGGCAUUUUCUUAUAAACUUGUCUUAAUCAUGUAUUAGUACUAAGUGCCUGCCUGUUAUUUUUGCCUCACGCUUGACUCCCUGCCUGCUGUUCACUACAGGAAUUAGUCCAGUGUAAACAUCAUGUAAAAGAAGAGAAGAGAGUCAUUGUUUUUAUUAUUAUUUAUUGUUAUAUUUAAUUAGAAUUGGAAAUACUCAAAAGAGCAAAUGCCAUCAA